AUGUUGUGCCUCAGCUUCACCCUCCUGCUUGCGCUGGUGGUGGGGACCGGCCUCGGGGCUGCUGUCCCCCAGGAUGCCCUCAAGAAGAGCUGCAGCCUCUCCAAGUACCGGUUCCUCGUGCCCCACGAGCUGAAGGCCGUGCAGAAGAUGAAGGAGCACUUUGAGGACACCAUGCUGCUGUCGGGCCGCAAAUGCAACACCCGGCUCUUCCAUCGGAAGUGGAGCACGCCGGAGCUGUCGGUGCCCGACCGAGUGAUGCUGGUGGAAGCCGAGCUGGACCUGGCCAUCGCCGUGCUGGGGCUCCCCGCUGCCCCCCGGCUCACCGAGCUGCGCCAGCGGCCCCUGGCCUUCCUCACCCAGGCGCGGGAGGACCUGCGGGGCUGUGUGGCCACGGAGGCUCCUUCUCAUCAGCCCUCCGGGAAACUGAGGCACUGGCUGCAGAGGCUGCAGGUGGCCAAGGAAACAGAGGCCGCCGGCUGCCUGGAGGCCUCGGCCACCCUCCACCUCUUCCAAGUGCUGAGCGACCUGCGGUGUGCAGCCCUCCGGGAGCAAUGCGCUUAGUCCCUGCCGGUGGCAUGGCGCGGCACGGCGCGGCGCGGCGCGGCAGGGCACGGCACG